CUCCAACCACGAUGAGCGCUCCCAGACACGUCCGCUACGCGGCAGAAACGCCCCUCAUGUCAUCCUGUGAGCUCGAUAUGAGGGAACUCUCAGGUUCAAAGACCGAGACCCUUCGCGACGACGUGUUAUUCGAGAAGGAAAAGAUCACCAUUGAGCGGCACGGAUUCUCGCCCUUCCAGCGGUGGUACCGCGAGAUCGCGAGCGUGAAGAAACGGCAGAGGACCAUCGCAUGGAAGACCGGAAAGCCUUUUGUGCCGGAGAACCUCUUUUUCCGGACCGUCGAUACGGCUCGUCUCUUGCCCAUGAAUCUCGCGGAUUUCCGGAUCCAGAUUUACGCGACGAAGGGGCUGUGGGCGCCCAUGGAGCAGAACGGAAAUACGGAAAGCUGGACUAAUAUCACGAUUCUUGGGCUGAUGCACCAUAUGCUGGUUUUCCGGAAUAUGCAAGAUUAUGCGGGUGGCGACAUUCCGAUUGUAUGCAUCGACUGGGAUAAAGAACUCGUGGAUGCUGCGAUGGAUUACUGGGUAGAGCUGAGUGCUGAUAAAUGGACGAAGGAAGAAUGCGAGACGAAAUUCUGUCAAGUCGCCGCUAAAGUACACGGUCGUAACCCUUGCUUCUACCAAGUUGACCUCUGCGUUCGCGCCCUCCUUCUCGACAAGGACGUCGGCUACGUCCCGCCGUUCAUCGUCAUUUUAGAAGCUAGGAAGGACGGCAAGGCUCGUGCGCUCUUCACCCGUCCCUCGCACUGCCCACCUCCCUCCAUCCUCAACACCCUCCCCAAGACAUGCGGUAGCGCCACCUGCACCGACUCCAAGUGCAUCGGAAUGUGGCGCAUCGAGGAUUGCCGGAGCCUCCAUUACCCGAGCCCUAUGAUCCGAGAACUCCAGCGCUACGAAGAUCGUGUCGUGUGUAACCUCUGGGGAUGCGAAGUCAAGCCGGAGUUGGAUGCAGAUGGAAAGGUAGUUGGACUCCAGAGGUGCCAGAAGUGUAAGGAGGUUUUGUAUUGCUGUCGGGAGCAUCAGUCGGUGGAUUGGUAUACCCAUAAACGCGUUUGCGAGGCUCCUCCUUAGGCUGAUAAGGGAUUUGUUUCUCCUCUAACGACUAACAGAAAUGAAGAAGCCGUCACCUUGAGAUUAAUAUUUUUGUGCUGUAACCUAUGGAACAAAUGAUAUACGUCGUAUAAUGCUUGGGGUGUCGUCUUGCCCUCUUGGAGUGGCCGUCACACCGAGCUACGGUUCCUCCGUUACGAACUCUCUUUCUCUGCCUUCGCCUGGAUCAACCUGUCUGGAUGAGCCUUCCGC